AUGCCCAAACGGAACGUUGUUAUAGUCGGCGGAGGCUCAGCGGGGGCCACAAUUGCUCGCGAGUUAUCAAGCAAACUCGAUCCUUCGAGGUACACCGUCAUUCUUGUCACCUCUCGACCAGAAUUCCUCUACUUGCCUGCUGCGUUGCGGGUUCUCGUCGUCGACGGACACCCAAUUGAAGACGCGUUUAUGCCGUAUGACCAGCUCUUCGCGGACGGGAAGGGGUCCAUCAAAGUGGCUACCGUGACGAAUAUUGAAAAUAACAAGGAGGGCAGAGGUGGUAACGUCCUGUUAAGCAACGGGGAAGCCAUUCAGUACGAAGCCCUUGUCCUUGCCCCGGGUUCUAUUUGGGAUGGGCCACUAGCGUUCCCAGAGACGCAGGAACAAUAUCAGGACCACAUACGGAGUUGGAGGCAGAAAUUCCGUGAUGCUAAGCAUAUUGUGCUUGUAGGCGGAGGUUCUGUGGCUAUAGAAAUCGCUGGAGAGGUUAAGGACGUGUGGCCGCAUAAAAAGGUCACCAUUGUGCAUGGCCAGGAGCAUCUAGUAAACGGCACCUACCCGAUGAAGUGGCGUACGAACAUUGAGAAGCGUAUGCGACAGCGAGGUGUUGACGUUAUCCUGGGCGACUACAUUGAUGGUAUACCUGAAGCCCAAGGCUCCAUCACCACUCGUAAAGGACGGACGAUAGAGGACGUUGAUCUUGUCGUUCCCACUCGUGGAGGUCGCCCGAAUACAUCAUUCCUCGUCUCUCUGCAGCCCUCCGUCCUCACGGAGCACGGCUUUGUUAAAGUCGAUCCGACACUCCAAGUGAAGUCGCAUCCGGGAAUCUUCGCUGCCGGUGACGUCCUUGACUGGAAGGAAGUCAAGCAGGCCGCAAAAGUACAUUCCCAUGCACCUGUCGUCGUGGCAAAUAUCUUGGCUUACCUGGAAGACAAACCAGCUAAGAAGGUAUACAAGGGAAGCCCGGAACUCAUAGUCAUUACGAAUGGCAAGAACGGCGGAUUCGCGUACCUCGGGCUGCUCUGGGGUUUGACGUUCGGCGACUGGUUUGCGCGUAUGCUGAAGUCGAAGGAUCUGAUGGUUUCGGCUGCGCGGAAGGCUCUAGGAGUCCGAUCCUGA